AUGGCAGAGAUAAUCAAAGAAAAUGAAACAUCAAGUGUUAUAUCAUCCAUUUCACUUAAAUCAUAUGAAGAGCCAACGAUACUUGUUUCCACUUCUGAAAAUGCGACCAAUUCAACAACUGAAGACUCUAUAAUUAUACCAAAUACUCCAGUAUCAUUGAAAGUUAAAAGAAUAUUAAGAGAAUUUUUUCGAAAUUAUGAACCAUAUUGUUGGCGAAGAUCGUAUAGUAGAGGAGCCGGAAGACCUUUACAUGCAUGUCCAGAAAAUGAAAAUGAUCAGGAUGGAUUAUUAUGUUAUAAACCAUGUAAUGAUGGUUUCAACGGUAAAUUAGAUUAAAAAAAGCUCUUUUGUACUUAGAGGAUCUUGAAUAUUUUUGAAUACAGAAACAUAGUGUAAGAAAACAAUCUUAUACUAAAAUGGAUACAUUGCACAAUUUAAUCCUUGAAUCGUUUUUUAAGGUGUUGGUCCCGUGUGUUGGGAAGACUGCAAUCAACAAAAUAUGACAUCGAUUGUAU